CAUAAACCCUUCUGCCCCUAAGGGGGGGGGGUUAAAAACGUAGGCGGAAGGUAAUGACUGAGGAACUGCUGCGUUAUCUCCUCAGACCAAGCGGACUCCUACAGCUUUGCGCCCGUCCGCCUGCCUACCUGCUUGAACCGGCUCUCACAAUAGGCCUGCGCCUGAGGGACGUGGAAGGCCUCGUCCAUGUACGGCGAGAGCUGCUGGCGGUUGAACGCCGAAAAUAGCAGGCAGGAGAUGAGGAAGGUGCAGCUGAGAGCUGCCGAGAAGUAGUAGGCUUCGGAGCGCUCCAUACUCUCGCAGUGACGGCGCCGGCAAGGAACUCCUAACUGCUCUUGUCUUGCUCUGCGUAAACGCGGAACCACCCGCCGCGGCGGCGCAGCAGCAGGAGGACAGAGCGAGUUGGUUUGACUGAUUCAAAAGCAGCUUACUGUUACUUUACAAGAUGCAGUGUUUAACACAUCAGCUGGAACUGUUUCCUGACUGUCGUGUUACUCUUAUCCUGUUUAAUGAUGUGAAAAAUGCUGCCAUGCUAAGAAAAAAAGCAAUGGAAGGAACUAUUGAUGGAGCAUUAAUUAAUCCUGCAAUGAUUGUUGAUCCAUUUCAGUUACUUGUGGCAACAAAUAAAGCUGUUCAUCUCCACAAGACUCGUAAAAUGAAGACAAGAACUCUUAAUGCGGAAAUAAUAUUCAACCUUUCUCCAAACAAUAAUAUUUCAGAUGCCUUCAGAAAGUUUGGCAUUUCAGACAGUGACACUGCAAUACUCAUUGUUCUGGUUGAAGACCAAGAGAAAACAGUGAAUCUGGAAGAUAUAGUAUGUCAGGUGGAAGGCCGGCAAGUCUCCUUAGAAGAUCUCCCCCAAAUAACAGACAUACAGAAAGUUAAAAAGAUGUUCAAGCUAACUCCACAGGAAGAAAAAAUAGGCACACUGCUGGAUGGCAUCAUUUGUAGAAUGGCAACAAAAGAUGUUUCAUGAACAAAUAUAAGUACAUUAGAAGAAUUUUAGCCAGAAACACAUCAGUUGAGCCAGUGUUAUUCUGAAUUCUGUAUUUUGUUUUCUUUGGAAACAGAAGCUGACACAAUUUUAUUUUUCCAUGGAAAAAUGUUUGGAUGUUGUGAUUAUUUUAUAAUUUAAGAAAUACAGUUUUAUUGUUUUGUAUUUUGCAUACUGCCUUGCUGGUAAUGUGUUCACGGUGGUUUACAAUUUAAAUACUGAAAAAUAAAUAAAAUAU